AUGACAGAAGGAACUAUAGAAACGCAAAGUCCUUUCUCUUUGCUUUUGUAUUCACAUGCAGGUGACGGCAGAAGUAUGAAGUGUGGGAUCUGGACUGUUUUUCUCACUGGGUGGCUGGCUGUUUGGAUGGAUCAUGGUUAUUACUGUAAAGUCCACAGGCAGGCCCCAAGGGCUGCAGCGAGGCCUGACCACAAGCGGGACGAAUUGCCAGAAGCAGAAUCUGAUGCCGACCCCAUCAGCAGGGCCCCAGGCAAGAACAGGUUUGUCUCUCGCGAUGCUCUGACAGAGCAGCGCUACUACCUGCUGCAGCUCUUCCGGCAUUAUGGAGAGAAUGGGAAGUUGUCCUUCGAUGGGCUCCACAAGCUGCUCAUGAACCUGGGCCUGGGUGAACUACAGGUGGUGGAGAUUGAGCACAAGGGGCUGGGCCAUGACUAUGUCUCACACCUGGAUCUUCUGGACCUGCAGGAGAACAAGCACGUGCAUAGCCACACCACAAUGGAUCACAUCUCCAUGUUGACUAAGGAUGGCAAGGCGACCAGUCUAGCGCCCCACCAGCGAGACUUCCCCAAUGCAAGAACAACCAUGGCCUCCAGCUUGAGGUCCCCAAAAUACACACGAGGGAAAAGCACACUGUCCACCUCAGGCAGACGCGAUGUGCCGAGAGAUUGGCAGGCAGGUGGCCAAGGAAGGGAGAGACUUCAGCGGCGCAGCACAGCCAAGCACCAUAAGGAAUUGCCCAAAGGUCAUCACUUGGCAAAAUCCCACAGCCCCGCUGCUGUGGACAAGAUCCUGAAUCAUUCAGAGUACAACCACCUGCAUGAAAACUGUUUGAAUGUGACCCAGCUCCUGGUCAACUUUGGUAUGAGUAACAUGCUUGAGAUCACCCCAAAGCAGUUCACUUACAUAUGCCCGGCUCUGCUAUACCAGAUUGACAGCAGAGUCUGCAUCCAGCACCUCGACUGGCUGGAGGUUCCACAGGAAGAUGUAAUCUCUAAAUCAGUGUGGGCCUAUGGUUUUGUUGCCAUUACUCUGAUCAGCCUGACGUCACUCAUGGCUGUGGCCAUCAUCCCUGUCCUCAGACACUCCUUUUCCAAGGUCCUCCUUACCUUCCUAGUGGCACUGGCGAUUGGCACUCUGUCCGCAGAUGCCCUGCUUCACCUCAUCCCUCACUCUCAGAGCAAUCAAGAUCACAGACACAAGAGCCCGGAGAAUGUAGCCGCAAAGGAUUCUAUCUGGAAAGGCCUGUCUGUGUUGGGAGGCAUCUACUUACUUUUCCUAAUCGAGAAUCUCCUCGGUUUGUUCAGGAACUGCAGAGGAGGCAAGUCGACAGGCAGAAGACGCCAACGCCUUCGUAAGGAGAAAGACAUGGUCAGUGCCCAGCUGGACGACAAAGAUAACGUUGAACUUAGCCAUUUAAAACCUGCCCAAGCUUCAGAUGAUCACACGCACGGGGAGGACAAAUGGGAGGUCACAGUUAGUGGCUUUGAGUCUUCCAGCGCAUGUGAGCAGGAUCCAGAGGAGGCAACAGUGAUAUCUUGGGCAUCUUGUACUCAACAAGCUACCACCAAAACUGAUGAGGGCCCAAAGGGUGACCACUCCAAGGAUUCUCAUUCUGGGAAGCAGCUGUCAGCGGAGAAGAGGUAUUCCCAUUCCCAUGGACAUUCCCAUGCAGCGGAAGACAUAAAGAACGCUGGGAUUGCAAAUAUUGCCUGGAUGGUUAUCAUGGGCGAUGGCGUGCAUAACUUCACCGAUGGUCUAGCAAUUGGCGCUGCGUUUUCGACAGGGAUCUCAGGAGGAUUGAGCACCACCAUUGCUGUGUUCUGUCACGAGCUCCCACAUGAGCUUGGUGACUUUGCCGUGCUGUUGCAGGCAGGGAUGAGAGUGAGACAGGCUGUAACAUUUAACCUGGUGUCUGCACUGAUCAGUUACUUAGGCAUGGUGAUUGGGAUUGCCAUCGGACAAUACACAAACAAUAUAACCCCAUGGAUCUUCGCAGGCACUGCUGGCAUGUUCCUCUACAUUGCUUUGGUUGACAUGCUCCCUGAAAUGUUCCAUAGCCAAUCAGAUACCAAACACGGCGGCUAUCUCGGACACUUGAUGGGUCAAAACCUGGGCUUUCUACUCGGUGUUGGAACCAUGCUGUGUAUCGCCCUCUUUGAGGACCAAAUUCAAAUUGACAUCAGUUUUUAA